AUGGUCUACAUUCCAACUGAGGUCGUCGACAACAUCAUGUCUCAUGUCGAGCCGGAUGACUUCAAUACCCUCUUCCAGUGUGCGCUGGUCAAUCGUCAGUUUGCCAGAUCUGCUCUUCGUGCUUUGUAUCGCUCUGAGGCACUAUUCCCGGGAGUCAAAAGAUCCUCCGCAUACGAGCACUCGUUGAUUGCCAAAAGAGCAAAGCAAUGGUCCAAGUUUUGGUGGAUCCUGAUCAUCUCUGCCCUCACCUUUAACACUUAUCUCCCCUAUGCCCAGUUCCUCCACACGCUCGACUUGUGCGAUCUGGCGCUUCUGAUCCACAUCGACAGAGACUUUGCGGAAAAGUUACGGUAUGGUGAGUUCGGCUUCAAGCUCAAGCUUAUCUGCUUUGAGAAUUAUUGCAACAUCUGUGCUGCGGUUGGUUGGGUCAUUUUAGAGGUAAACUCUGGAAUCACCAGCUUGGUGUGCGACAGUUGCCCCGAGACUUGGGAUAGUGAGAUCGAAAGAAAUCGUUAUCUCGGAGUUUCUGCGUCUGUUCUGGACUGGUGGGCUCCUCAUUUGACCCGUCUCGAGACUCUGUGGUACAAUCUGGGAAAGCAUCUGAGCGUGGAGAACGCAUACAGCAUCGCACACCAUUGUCCCCGGUUCAGAAACCUGAUCGUCUGGGAAUGGAUGGAAUUCACCAUGAGCUCGGCCAGAUUCGCUUCCGAUGAUUCCGACAGUGAUACAGAAGAGGAACAGGCUUCGGCUGGAGAUUUCCUACUCUCACUGCGGCAUAAUGCCUUAGAACGUUUCGAAGUCACUCGUGAUUCCUACUUCAACCCUUCCAUGAUCACCGGCUUGACUGCUCAUUUGCAAUCCCUGCGUGUGUUGAGAGUGCCCAAGCUCCGACCACAGCUGGUGACCGAACUCCUGAAGUUGGAUCCCUUGCCGUCCCUCGAAUCCAUCCACUUUUUCCUCAGUUCCGAGAGAUGCGUUGCCCUAGUCCCUUCUUUCGGAAGAUGGCUCGGUGCAUGCAGAAACUUGCGCCGUAUCGAGACUUGGCUCUACCAUGAUGAACUCUUGCUGUUAGCGAACGCCCUGAAUCACGGCAUCCUCUCCUUGGAGGUUCUCAUCGUUCAGCAGAACUACGAGGAUAACACGAGAAUAAUCGAUGCUUUUUACCGUGGCCUCUCGCGUCAGCACAACUUGCAAGAACUGACCCUGAAUACCGAAAUGACGAGCCAAAAGAGCAUCUUUAUGUGGUGCCUUUUCCCCCUGAAGAAACUGCGCAAACUAAAUCUCAGGAAAAUGUCGAACCAGCUCACGUUGACCGAAAUUAGGACUCUAAGCGGCAGCUUCCCUAACCUCACCUGGCUGGGUUUGUACGUGACUCCGGUCGUCGACGAAAUCUGGGACUGCAUCGUCGCGCCCAAGCUCCGCUACCUCCACUUGGUCGGCAUUGGUUACUUGCACGCCGAACCCGCGAUUAAUUUCAUUCUUCGUCUGGGCGAGCAGAACAGAGGUUUCAUACUGAAGCUCAAGUUCACCACCUUCGCGGAAGACAACACCACCGUCUCAGAGGGGGAUCAUCUUCUCAUCUCAUUUGUGCUGAGGCGUCAUCUAAACGGUCAUCUCCUGCCGUACAGAGAAAUGCUCUAG